GAUGUCAACUCGUUAAGCAGCCCGAGCUUUCACUCCAUGAGCACCUACAUGCCAGCGCCUGCGAGUCAUGAUGACUCUCCAGAUGACGAAGAGGAGCAGCUUGACGGCCUCCAGUACCCGGUGACCGCUCCGCCGAUGGGGGGACCUGAGUAUGACCAGUGGUUAGCGCAGCUUCCGUCCAUCGGCUCGGCAAAUCACUUCAACGGCACCUGUGAUCGCUGCUGCUUCCAUCCAAAGGGCCGGUGUGUGAACGGCUACAGCUGUCAGCACUGCCACUUUGACCAUGAAAAGCGCAAGCGCAAGGGCAAGAAGCGCACAGAGAGAGCGCUGGAGUUAGGCUCCGACAUUGGUUCAAUGCCCCCCUCAAUGCCCCCCACGCCCCAUGAGGCCUUCCACAUGAUGCUCCCAGAGUAUGCUGCGCACCCUCCGCCACCCUUCCAUGACCCGGGCAUGGAGAUGCCACUCGCCCCAUGGUAUCCCCCUGAGCUGCCCAACCCAAUGGUUUACCCUCCCCCUGGCAUGAGCCCAGACCCUUGCAUUCUCCACGAAGACAGCCGGGAUGAGUACAUCCUCAAGCUUGAGGAGGAGAAUCGCUAUCUUCGUAGCAUGCUCCUGCAGCACAUGGGGCCCGGUGCCGCCCUGCCUCCUUCCGUGGUGCACCCCAGAGCUCAAGUAGCUUCAGCACCUCCCGUUGAGGGACCCCCAGGCCUCAGCCAUGUACCGGUGGCAGAGCUUCAGAAUACGCAGACCUCCCUGUCUGCGGGGGCGCCACCUUUUUGCCCCGGCUUCGGAGCCUGGUCGGAACCGCCUGCUGUGGCAGGCAGCCUGGCAACAGCUGCGCUGCACCACACGGGCUUGGCGCCAAACGUUAGACCGCCGGGUCCCGCAUAA